AUGGCUGCUCAGCACUCCCAGCAGUUCAGCACUCCCAGCAGCUCAGCUCUCCCAGCAGCUCAGCACUCCCAGCCGCUCAGCACUCCCAGCAGCUCAGCACUCCCAGCAGCUCAGCACUCCCAGCAGCUCAGCACUCCCAGCCGCUCAGCACUCCCAGCAGCUCAGCUCUCCCAGCAGCUCAGCACUCCCUGCCGCUCAACACUCCCAGCCGCUCAGCACUCCAAGCAGCUCAGCUCUCCCAGCCGCUCAGCACUCCCAGCAGGUCAGCACUCCCAGCCACUCAGCACUCCCAGCAGCUCAGCACUCCCAGCCGCUCAGCUCUCCCAGCAGGUCAGCUCUCCCAGCCGCUCAGCACUCCCAGCCGCUCAGCUCUCCCAGCAGGUCAGCACUCCCAGCAGCUCAGCUCUCCCAGCAGGUCAGCACUCCCAGCCGCUCAGCACUCCCAGCAGUUCAGCACUCCCAGCAGCUCAGCUCUCCCAGCAGGUCAGCACUCCCAGCAGCUUAGCUCUCCCAGCAGCUCAGCACUCCCAGCAGCUCAGCACUCCCAGCAGCUCAGCUCUCCCAGCAGCUCAGCUCUCCCAGCAGCUCAGCUCUCCCAGCAGCUCAGCUCUCCCAGCAGUGGCAGAUCUCAGGGUGGAGAGCUGA